AUGGAAAAGAGCACAGUACUGCUGAAGCUUUAUAGUUUCUACCAAACUAGAAACUCAUCCAAUCCAUCUUCCCCUUUCCUGCAGCCUGUCCAGAACUCCUCGCUACCUCCACCUCCACCUGCAGACCUGGUGAUUUCCCCCAACAUGGCGUACAUGGCAGCUGAGCUCGCCAUCGCUUUCCUCUCCGCCACCGGCAAUCUGCUGGUCUGUGCUGCCGUGGGCCUCAACCGCAAGUUACGCACAGUCACCAACUACUUCCUGGUUUCGCUCGCACUCGCUGACAUUUGCGUGGGUGCAAUCGCCAUUCCCUGCGCCAUCCUGACCGACAUUGGUCUGCCACGUCACAAUCUCUACCUGUGUUUGCUCAUGCUGAGCGUUUUGAUCAUGUUCACCCAGAGCUCCAUCUUCAGCCUGCUGGCAGUGGCCGUGGAGCGCUACAUGGCCAUCUUCAUGCCCUUCCGUUACCAAGUCCUGAUGACACCUCGCAACGCUCUGUUGGUGAUCCUGACCACGUGGCUGCUGGCCUUUCUCAUUGGGCUCGUUCCUCUGAUGGGCUGGCACAAGACACCACCUGAUUCAGGCUACUGCUUCUUUGUCUUGGUGGUGGACAUGACCUACAUGGUCUAUUUCAACUUCUUUGCCUGUGUCCUAACACCCUUAGUCAUAAUGUUUCUCAUCUACGCCCAGAUUUUUGUCGCGGUGAAGCGGCAGGUCAGGCGCAUCGCCUCUGAGCACAGCGGCAGAGGGGAGGGACAAAUGAGGGCUGCAGCCAGCAUGCGCCGCGAGAUAAAGACCGCUACGUCGCUUUUUCUGGUUCUUUUCCUCUUCACAAUCUGCUGGAUCCCGCUCCACAUAAUCAACUGUUUCCUGCUGCUCUGCCCAAGCUGUCCUGUGCCACUAGAGCUGCUGCUUGCCGCCAUCAUCCUGUCACAUGCCAACUCUGCUGUCAACCCCUUCCUAUAUGCAUACACGAUGACAGCUUUCAAGGACACCUUCAAGGCAAUUUUCUUGUGCUGCAAGACUGACAGCGAGACUUCAAAUGUAGUCGGUGCUAAUGACAGAGAGGGAGUGGACCGAACCUGA